AAAAUAUUUUAGUAGUUAUCAGCAUUCCGCACACAUUGGCUGCGAGUUGCUUCUUUCAAAAAUUAAUCCAAGAUGAAGAUUUCAAACGAAUUUAGAAUUGUUGUGGCAUUUUUCUGCGUUUGUUUGAUUUACCACAUAGAAGGUCUCCCACAACCGCAAUACGGUUCGUCACGGCAUCAUUACAAUUCCACGGCGUGGAACAAUAGCGGACGGCAUAAUGCAACACAUCAAGGACCCAACCAUCUGAUUGGUCAUCAAAAUCACACCAAUCCUAAUAACAGGCAAUCACAUCACCGACCCGGAAGCCCAUGGCAAAACAAUCAUCAUUCAAAUCGAAGAAACUGGACGCAACAUAUCCCAAUCAGCCCGCAACCAGUUAGCAACAACGGUGGUGGGCAAUUUGCUCCCAUCAAUUCCGGUUGGGUGGCGCCAAGCAACUCAGCAAACUCUACAAAUUGGAAAGGCGGUGUAAGCAACAUUAGCGCUAACAGAGAGUUCAUACCACAGGUGAAUAAUGGAUCCAAUUCAUAUCCCACUUGGCAUGCCGGCCUUCCUGGUAGUACUCUGAUAGCUGGAACCCAUACCGAAAACACAUUUCCUCUAUCCAAUAGUGCUGGCAAUCGGGGUAUUGGGUCCAACUUAGGUCCACAACUGACACCGUUAGCUGGUAGUGACUCUGGACACCAAAAUACAGCCGGUUGGAAUCUCCCGAGUGGAAAACUUAAUGGAACUUAUAGCGCACAUCCCUACGGAAAACUAUUUGCUUGAAAUAAUAUCCAGUUCAUACGUUUCUAACAAUAAAAAAUUAAAGCUGUAUUACUAGCA